AACGCAGAAACUCCUCGCAGCACGUGGGUGCGACUUUUCGCGGGGCGCCCGGCACUGCUCGGAGGGCGCGGCAGCGCCAGGGAUGCCCGGGGCAAAGCCACCGGCUGUCACCGCAUCGCGAUAUGGACGUUGGUAGUUGGUUACCUGCUGAUGGUUUCAUUCAAGUGGAAUAUAAGCACUGAACGUUACUUAAAAGCAAUCUCUGUCCCUGUCUGGAUUAUGCUGCUCUUUCACUUAGCUUCUGUGGCAGGUUCCUGGAGAAUUCCUGUGUUUCUGGUUAUAGUCGUUCUGAUGACUGUAGGCAUGUUGCAUGAACAGCAUAAUGGAAAGGAGUCUUCUGGGGCAGAGCUUCCUGGUCAGAUGAUUUCCAUUGCUGCUUCAACAAUUGCCAUGGCAAUUUCAAUGACAGAGGAUGACUCCAGUAGUGAACAUUCCUCACAACCCUCAGGAUCAACAGAAGGUGAUCAGCCUCCGCAUGCUUCAUCAUCUUUCUCCUCCUCUUCAUCCUCUUCUGGGAGCAGACAAAGACCUGAGAUUGGAUCUUUUCUUAGAAAAAAGAAAACUAGUGAUAUUUACUUUGUUACACUUGUGUGGGCCAUUGUCAUUGUCCAGAUCUGGCUAAAUUUCUGGAUUGUGCAGCUAUUGCCAGUGCCUUUUGCAGUUUGGGCACUUAAAAAACUUGUGAUUCAUUUUGGAGUUUUGAACUUCAUGGCAAACCAUUGCAAAAGUUGGUGGCAACUUGUUGAAAAUUUUGUGAAGGAACGUCAGGAAGCUCUUGCUCCACGGCCUAUCAGAGGGCUUGGAAGAGUCAUGUUAAAGCUUGACAGUAAGCUGUGGCACUGGCUUAAUAAGAAGAUGAUCGUGUGGUUGGAGAAAAUGCUAGAUAAAAUAAUCAGCAUUUUCAUAAUAUUUUUGCUAGUGAUAGGAACCCUUCUGCUAGCCCUGCUCCUUACUGCAAAGGUACAUCAAGAGAGCGUUCACAUGAUUCAAGUCACGAGCAGCUUGAUCAAUGAGACAGUAGCCAGUCACCCAGAAUGGGCAAACUGGCUCCCAGAAGCCCAGGUUAUUCAGAAGGCACUCAAUUCAGCAGCUAAUAAUGUAUACCAAUAUGGCCGCGAAUGGAUUACACAUAAGCUGCAUAAGAUUUUAGGAGAAAAAGUUAAUAACACCGCUGUGAUUGAAAAACAAGUGCUAGAGCUCUGGGACAGGCUUUAUCACUCUUGGUUUGUGAAGAAUGUAACACAUUCUGGAAGACACAAAGGACACAAAUGGCACAUAAACCGUCAAAACAGCUGGCUUGGUGAUAUUUUGGACUGGCAAGAUGUUGCAUCAUUUGUUCAUGAUAACAUUGAAACAUUUCUUUCGAUCUUGGAGUCUCUGUGGAUAGUGAUGAGUCGCAAUGUGAGCCUCUUGUUUACUACAGUUACAACGCUGGUGACAAUCCUCUUCCAUAGUGGGACAGCUCUUCUCAAUUUUGUGCUUUCAGUG